AUGUUAUUUGAGCAGGGUCAGCAGGCCCCGGAGCUUCCUGAGUACACGAUGCAGAAGGCUGCUUACUAUGAAAGCCCAGGACUCUUCGGAGGCUAUGGCUACAGCAAAGCUGCUGACACUUAUGGCUAUAGUGCCCCCCAUCAGCCUUAUCCACCCCCUGCUGCUGCCAACUCCCUGGACACUGAUUACCCGGGCUCUGCCUGCUCCAUCCAGAGCUCUGCACCUCUGCCAGCCCCAGCCCACAAGGGGGCUGAACUCAAUGGAAGCUGCAUGAGGCCUGGCACUGGGAACAGUCAGGGAGGUGGGGGUGGCAGCCAGCCUCCUGGUCUGAACUCAGAGCAGCAGCCACCACCACCCCCUCCUCCCCCACCAGCCCUGCCCCCAUCCUCGCCCACCAACCCUGGAGGUGGAGUACCUGCCAAGAAGGCCAAGGGUGGGCCCACUGCUUCUGGCUCCUCAGCCACCAUCAGCAAGCAGAUCUUUCCCUGGAUGAAAGAGUCCCGACAGAACUCCAAGCAGAAGAACAGCUGUGCCACUGCAGGAGAGAGCUGCGAGGACAAGAGCCCACCGGGCCCAGCGUCCAAGCGGGUGCGCACGGCGUACACAAGUGCACAGCUGGUGGAGCUGGAGAAGGAAUUCCACUUCAACCGCUACUUGUGCCGGCCACGCCGCGUGGAGAUGGCCAACCUGCUGAACCUCACCGAGCGGCAGAUCAAGAUCUGGUUCCAGAACCGGCGCAUGAAGUACAAGAAGGACCAGAAGGCCAAGGGUAUCCUGCACUCGCCGGCCGGUCAGUCCCCGGAGCGCAGCCCGCCGCUCGGCGGCGCCGCGGGCCACGUGGCCUACUCGGGCCAGCUGCCACCCGUGCCCGGCUUGGCCUACGACGCGCCUUCGCCGCCCGCCUUCGCCAAAUCUCAGCCCAACAUGUACGGCCUGGCUGCCUACACGGCGCCGCUCAGCAGCUGCCUGCCGCAGCAGAAGCGCUACGCGGCGCCCGAAUUCGAGCCCCACCCCAUGGCGAGCAACGGCGGCGGCUUCGCCAGCGCCAACCUGCAGGGCAGCCCGGUGUACGUGGGCGGCAACUUCGUCGACUCCAUGGCGCCCGCAUCCGGGCCCGUCUUCAACCUGGGCCACCUCUCGCACCCAUCUUCAGCCAGCGUGGACUACAGUUGCGCCGCGCAGAUUCCCGGCAAUCACCACCACGGACCGUGUGACCCUCAUCCCACCUACACAGAUCUCUCGGCCCACCACUCGUCUCAGGGACGCCUGCCCGAGGCCCCCAAACUGACGCAUCUGUAGCAGCGGCCACCGGCCCGAACUCGCGGCGCGAUUACCUCUUUUGCUUGGGUGGCGGGGGUGGCGGGCGGGGCCCGCGGGGCAGCUCGGUGACCCCCGCCCUCGCUCAGGCCCGGUCGCUGUCUUCCGGUCUCGGGCCAACAGCGGCCGAGGCGCAGGCGUCUGGGCCUCCUCUCCAGGCUCGCCCUGCUUUGGGUGACUCGCCAUAAAUCAGCCGCAAGGAUUCUCCUCUGUAAGCCUGACAGUGCCACAUAACUGCGGACCGAGGGACUCUAAUCUGGUAAUGGUGUCCCGAAGGUAAGUCUGAGAUCCGUCGGCGACGCGCCCUGCAGAGGGUCCAGAACCCGGCGAGUCCGGGCAUGGCCCGCGUCUAGUUUAGUUGCGGAGACCUUAAUUUAUAUGCUUCUUCCCGUCCCGUAAGGAUUGCAUCGGACUCAACGAUCUGUAUUUAUUAUUUGAAGCGAGUCAUUUCGUUUUCCUGAUUAUUUAUCCUCGUCUUAAUGUAUUUAUGUGUAUAUCUGUAGAAUUCUCCAGCCGAGCUUAGGAACGCGCUCCCAGGCCGCGGGGGCCACAUUUCACCUCUUUAGUCCCCUUGGUCUGAACUAGUUGAGAGAGUAGUUUUGAACAGUUGUAACCGUGGCUGGUGUGUGUAGUUGAUGUAAAGGAUUAGGACCGCAAAUUGUCCUUCACGGGUAGAGUCAGGCGGCCCCAUGGCGUGGCAUGACACCCGUUAUUCUCUUCCCAAUAGCCACAGCCCUCGCCACUCGACACAGUUUAUUGAUUUCAAAUUGUCUGGUACUAUUUGAACAAAUAUUUAAAAUAAAAAAUUUUCUCAGUCUUAA